AUGAAGUCGUUAUGCAAAUAUGCCGUAUCACAGACUUCGAUUUUACCGCGUGAUCAGCAUAACUGCAUAAUUUAUAGGAAACCUUUUAAUUGUCUUAUAAAAUUUUCACUAAAUAAUGGUUAUUCAACAGACGAAAAGUCAAAAGAGCAUUCAGAUUUUCAACAAAUUAAAAAUGCAUCCAAAAAUGCAUCUAAAUUGCACACAAGUUUAUCCUCGUUUCUUUCCAAAGUGCAAGCUUCCACGGAUAUAAUAUCUCAACCUAAGUCCAACUCCCAAAAACAACCAUUACUUAAGCAAAUAAACGAAUUUACUAAAGCUAUGAAAGUUAAUGGUGUUCAGGAUGUACUUUCCACUGCAUCUAAUAAUUUAAAUAGAUUAACAGGAUACAGUGUAGUGGAGAACUUAAAAGAAAAGGUGAUUCAGAGGGAGAAAGAAUUUGAGACAGCACGAAAAUGUCUUGCAGCCACUAAACUUGCAUAUGAAGAAAUUAUUGCGGCGCGAUCCGCAACGCAACGCGAAAUCAAUGAAUUGCUUCAACGUAAACAUCAAUGGUCAAGUGACGAUGUUAUGAGAUUUACGCAACUUUACAAAAAUGAACACAUGAACGAACAAAUUGAAUCAUCAGCCAGGGAAGAAUUUCAGAAAUGUGAACAAAAAGUUGAACAAGAAUAUACAGAAAAACGGCAAAAGCUUGCUGAUAAAUUUGAAGAAUUACUUAUUCAAAGAACAAAUGAAGAAGAAGGUAAAUCGGAAACCGGAAUUGUUCAUACGUUUAUGAAAAGGUUUGAAAAUCUAGAAGGAAAAGUAGAGGAAUUGAAACAAUCAUUAACGCCGAUAUUUGGUAAAUUUUCUGAUUGUGUUGACAAUGAUGAUAGCAUUGAUCCUAAAUUAUCUAUAACACAAAAAGAACUCAACCCUCCAAUGAGAGAAAUUGAAAAAUUAGCGGGAGGAAGUGAUCGUGUUCAACUUAGUCAAAGUGAAAUUGACAGACAUAUAUUUAUAUCUGCUUUCUUAGGGGCAUCGAUAGGAUGGCUUGUCAGUUUUAUGAUGAUUGAAUGGUUCAGGUGA